ACGUACAAAACCACCUCACUGGAGCCUGGGGUAGAGGGAAAGGUGCUGACCUGAGCAACUUUGUAAAUGGAGCCUAUAAAACUGAGGGCAAAAGACACUGCACAUAAGCACUGUGUCCUAGUUGAUAAAAUUAUUUAUUGCAGGAUACGGGUUAACAAUUCUGACACUGCUGUACACAAAUGCUGGAACAGAACAACUAAAUGAGCGGCAGGUGGUGGGGACAGGACAGGGAGGUUACCCAUCAGCAAGGGGAGAAGGUCAGAACAGUUCAUGUAGAAACAGAUUAGAGUUAGAGACGUCAGCAUAAACUCAUGUGUAGCUUGAUAUAAAUACAAUGGUUACAUAGAGAAAUACCUACAGAUGUGUGCACACUGAUUAGUAUAUGUACCUAUAUUUCCCAGCUCCAUCAGCAGAGAGGGCCCAGAAGUUAGGACACUCCAGUGGCAAUGAGUCCAUCUAGUGCCUGGGUCUGUGUUUCCAAUCCAUUCUCCAAUAAAAGGAACCAGCAUUCCUUGAGGACAUGGCUGAUUCUAGGACUGGGACAAGAAAUACACAAGAUGAGCUUGGAGCUUCUUGUAGUGUCAGAAAGUAAGAAAAUGUUGGGGGAAAAAACUUAACACCUGAUGACGGUUUAUAUCAAAAGGACACAGGAGAAAACUAAAAGGACUCCCAAGGGCCAAGGCUGGAACAAUCUGAGCAACAAAAUAACAUUUUUAAAGUACUAUUGGAGGGAAUUUCCUGACAGUCCAGUGGUUACAACUCCGCUCUUUCACUGCCGAGGGCAUGGGUUCAAUCCCUGGUCGGGGAACUAAGAUCCUGCAAGCCAAACAGCCAGCCAAAAAAAAAAUUUAAAAAAUAAAAGAAGGUACUAUUGGAUUAUAAUCCAAAGUAUAAAAUAAAAUAUCCAUGAGUUAAUACUGAUAUGAAUAAAUGAGGGAGAAUAGACACAUCUCAAGUGCAGAAGAAUUCUAAAAACUGUAUGCAGGUACUCGGCCCUCAAGGAGGUGAAACAUAACCUGACUCCUUGGGUGUGGGCUGUACAGACUGACUUCCUUGCAAAGGAUGUGGCAUGUGGUGGGGAGAAGACAACCAGCUUUGCAGUGGAGAAACCUGACACACACUGCCACAGCCAGGAUCAAGGUCAACAUCCACUGUGAUGAGUCUGUUCCCAGGCCAAAAGCCAAAAUGAAAUUUAUAGUACUUGCUGUCACCAUUGGACUAACUUUGCUGCUAGGAGUCCAAGCCAUGCCUGCAAAUCGCCUCUCUUGCUACAGAAAGAUACUGAAAGAUCGCAACUGUCACAAUCUUCCAGAAGGAGUAGCUGACCUGACAAAGAUUGAUGUAAACGUCCAGGAUCACUUCUGGGAUGGGAAGGGAUGUGAGAUGAUCUGUUACUGCAACUUCAGUGAAUUGCUCUGCUGCCCAAAAGAUGUCUUCUUUGGACCAAAGAUCUCUUUCGUGAUUCCUUGCAACAAUCACUGAGAAUCAUCCUGUAUUCCAGACAACACCAUUCUUAAUUCCCCACAAACCACACUAUAACAGUGUAGCUGUAUUUCUGGUUUCUAUGAAGUGCAAUAAAGCACAGAUUCUAUAAAUUCUUACUUGCCUAAGUAAACUUGUAUUAAAUUAGCAGUAAUAAAAAUUCCAUUUAAUUUUUCUCUGUGGAAAUUGUUUAAAAUUUUUGACUAGAAAAUUUUCAUCUACGAGUUGUUCACUGUGCUCAGUAAAAGAAUUCUGUCCCUCAGAGGAAGAGCCAUAACCCUGGCUCAAAGAUGGAGAAUACUUUCAGUUCUUGACAGUUCUGUUCUUGACAGAUCAUGUAUACUUAAUGAAAAGAACCAGAGAUAAACUGAGGUUCUUGGAAGGGAAAUUAGAAGUUUUCUAGUAAGAGGGGGAAAAGGGAGCCAAUAUUUGAGUAUAUAUUAUGUAUGCCAA